AUGGGGUGGAGGUCUCACAUUUUUAAGGGUGAAAAGUUUGGCCCCUUUGCAGGGGAGAAGCGAAUGCCGCAGGAACUGGAUGAGGACACAGACUGCAGGCUCAUGUGGGAAGUUCGUGGGAACAAAGGCGAGGUCCUUUAUGUCCUGGAUGCCAGCAACCCACGCCAUUCGAACUGGCUGCGGUUUGUCCAUGAGGCUCCAUCCCAGGAACAGAAGAACCUGGCAGCCAUACAGGAAGGGGAAAAUAUUUUCUAUCUGGCUGUGGAAGAUAUUGAAACAGACACAGAACUUCUAAUUGGGUACUUGGACAGUGACAUGGAAGAAGAGGAGGAGGAAGAGGAGGAAGUAACAGUUAUCCAGGAAGAUGAAGACAGUGGCAACAAUAAAGAAGUGCAACCAGCUGCUGAAAAGAUUGCAGAUCCUCUCACCUGUAAACAGGACCAUGCAUGCCCAAACUGUGAGUCCAGUUUUGCCAGCCAGGAGAUUCUAGCUGAGCACCUGCAGACUUUGCACCAAAAACCCAGUGAGGAAAAGGAAUUUAAGUGCCGAAAUUGUGGAAAGAAAUUCCCUGUUAAACAAGCUCUACAAAGACAUGUCCUGCAGUGCACAGAGAAUAUCAGCCCAGGAGACUCCUCAAGAAGUUUCCAGUGCUCUGUUUGCAAUAGUGCCUUCAGCUCGGAAUCGAGUUAUGAGCAGCACAAGGAGGCGUGCAGAGGGGAUGCCAGGUUCAUAUGCAAGGCAGAUAGCUGCGGGAAGAGGUUCAAGAGCAAGGAUGCCCUGAAAAAGCACAAAGAAAAUGUUCACAGUGGAAAUUCUAGGAAGAAGCUGAUGUGUUCAGUGUGCAAUAAGAAAUGUUCCUCAGCAGCAAAUCUCCAGGAGCAUCGAAAGGUCCAUGAGAUCUUUGAGUGUCAAGAAUGUGACAAGAAAUUCAUUUCGGCAAACCAGCUGAAACGCCAUAUGAUAACUCAUUCAGAAAAACGCCCCUACACCUGCGAGGUUUGCAAUAAGUCCUUCAAACGACUUGAUCAAGUGACUGCACACAAAAUAAUACACAGUGAAGAUAAACCUUAUAAAUGCAAGCUUUGUGGAAAGGGAUUUGCUCACAGAAAUGUUUACAAGAAUCACAAGAAGGUACAGCACAGGCAGCAGCACUGCGAGCUUCCCCACAGUGUCUCGUCAAUGUGUCCCAACCCUGUUCUGGAGGAAUCCCCUGUUGAGACCCAUUCUGAAGAGAGACCGUUCCAGUGUGAGGAAUGCAAAGCCUUGUUCCGAACCCCCUUCUCUCUACAAAGACAUCUGUUAAUCCACAACAGCGAGAGGACCUUCAAGUGUGAUCACUGUGAUGCCACUUUCAAAAGAAAGGACACAUUAAAUAACAAAUCAGCUGAGAAAAGGAAGUUCAGGUGUUGCCACUUCAUUCACAUUGUGAGAAUUUGUUUAAAAAAGUCAUGCAUGAAUUGCUUGCCAUAUACUCACACAGGAGAAAAAGAGAAGAUUUGUCCCUAUUGUGGACAGAAGUUUGCAAGCAAUGGAACACUGAGAGUUCAUAUUCGAAGCCAUACAGGUGAGCGUCCUUACCAGUGUCCUUACUGUGACAAAGCUUUCAGCAAGAACGAUGGCUUGAAGAUGCACAUUCGCACCCACACCAGGGAAAAGCCGUACCAGUGCUCGGAGUGUAACAAGGCUUUCAGUCAGAAGCGGGGCCUGGACGAGCACAUGAGGACCCACACAGGGGAGAAGCCCUUCCAGUGUGAUGUUUGUGACCUGUCCUUCAGCCUGAAGAAGAUGCUGAUCCGCCACAAGCUGACUCACAACCCCAACCGCCCCAUGGCAGAGUGCCAGCUCUGCCACAAGAAGUUUACAAGGAAUGACUACCUCAAAGUGCACAUGGAAAAUGUCCAUGGAGAAACUGACAGCUAAAUACGGCCUCAGCGAGAAGAGUGGAUCCACAGUGGUGCAUUUGCACAUGUACAGAUUCCAGACUUUCCACCUGGCCAGUAAGCACAGUCAGGAGAAACAACUCUGUAAUGCCUUCACAUGUUAUUUUUCCCAGUUUUGUUGAAAAUAUGUUAGUAGGAAAAAAAUAAACAAACCCAAAGACAUUCUGAUUGAAAAUAAAUAAAACAGCUUGAAAAUAAAAAAUAAUAAAAAAAAGAAGAUGCAAGAACUUUGGAAAAAUUUUAUCCUUACUUUAAGCAAACUUAUCUUUAUUAGUGACAUCCUUAGAAACUUAGAUAUUAGUAGCAGUGCCUGGAAAUCCUGGACACUUGCAAUGGAACUCUUGGCUGUCUGCAACUGUAUUUCUGUAUCUAACCUACAAGGCUAUAUUAAAUUUAUUUAAUUUGAAACCACACAGAAUUUGUCAUUCUAAUUGACUGCUGAUUGUAUCCAGGCUUGUUUUAUUCAUAUCACAAUUCUGUAUUUUGUUGUAACCCAAUUUUGUCUCAUUUUAUUUGCAGCUUUCUCAUUACUGUAUGAAACUCAUUAACUUAAAUUGAUUCUUGAGAUGCCAAAAUGUGUGGGUAGAGAACUGUGGAAAUCUGUCAACGUUCAGUGUUCCUGUAUGAGAUUGAGGAGGAUUUAUUUCCUCUGGUUACAUGAAACAAGACUGAAGUGAAAAUAUUGAGCUAUUUAGUUUUAAGUACUGUAUUCAUACUCAUCACUGUGGCUGGCAAGGCAAGUGGAAAGACAUCUUAACAGGGUGGCUUGAGCAGCUAGAAUUGUUGAUUGAAUAGAAAUAUAUUUGAUUUCUUGGUGAAUAGCUGGUUCCCACAGUGUUUCUUCCUGCUGAAUCAGAUGCCCUGGAUUUCUUCAUACCACUUAAAUACCUUUUUCUUUUUUUUUCUUAAUUCUCUUCAUGAGCUCUGGGAAAAAUACUGCUUUUAAACCCAAUGGCAGUCAAAUUCUUCAUGUUAUCAGAGUGAGUUGUUUGCUGCAGGAGACUCUUCAAAAGAGUUCCCACAGGCCCUCUUUCACAGCCAGAUAACCAGGAAAUUCUUAUCUACAAGGACAGUAAAACUGUAACUUCAGAGGGUGAUUGCAUGUGGAAUUCCUGAGUUAUCAGCAGUUAAUAUUAAGGCUCUGGCAUUAGCAAACUCUUCAGAUUCAUUUUGGACCUGUCAGUGUUUUUCAGAAAGAGCUGGGACAUCUCUAUAGGGUUCCUGCAGGUUUUGGAGAAGUGUAAUUAUGAGUGAUUCUCUUGUUUGUGGCAACCUCCUAUGAGUAAAAGCAUCCUAAGCCUUCAUCCCCUAUUUGCUUUCUGAGAGGUAGGAGAAAUUUGGAGACUUGGCCAGUUCCAUUCCACAAAUCUGUUCAUAAUAAAUUCCACAAAUAUGUUCAUAAUAAAUCAAGUAUAUUCUAUGUGUGUAAGCAUUAUAAAGUUGAGUAAAUAACAUUUCCUCUCCUUGUUUGUAGAGAUUUUGUUACAAUUUAUCAGAACAGUUGA